CCCGGCCCCUUCCUCACCAUCCCCUUGUGCUUCGCUCGCAGGAGCCUGAUGCCACGGACACUCGACAGCCAGAUCACGGUGGAGAAGACCCCCAGCUACUUUGUCACCAAAGAGGCACCACGGCGCAUCUUCAACAUGUCCCGGGACACGAAGCUGAUCGUGGUGGUGCGGAACCCGGUCACCAGGGCCAUCUCAGACUACACACAGACCCUCUCCAAGAAGCCGGACAUCCCCACCUUCGAGGGGCUGACCUUCCGCAACCGCAGCCUGGGGCUGGUGGACACCUCCUGGAACGCCAUCCGCAUCGGGAUGUAUGCCGUGCACCUGGAGAGCUGGCUCCAGUACUUCCCCCUCUCCCAGAUCCACUUUGUCAGCGGGGAGAAGCUGAUCACAGAUCCGGCUGGGGAGAUGGGCAAAGUCCAGGACUUCCUGGGCAUUAAACGGGUUAUCACGGACAAGCACUUCUACUUCAACAAGACAAAAGGCUUUCCGUGCCUGAAGAAGUCGGAGAGCAGUGGCUUGCCUCGCUGCCUGGGCAAGUCCAAGGGCAGGACUCACGUGCAGAUAGACCCCGAGGUGAUCGAGCAGCUUCGGGACUUUUAUAGACCUUAUAAUAUCAAAUUCUAUGAAACAGUCGGGCAGGACUUCAGGUGGGAAUGAGCGUCCAGGAGCAGUGCUGCAGUGACAUGAGGCUGCAAUCUUCCACGAGGGGGGCCCGAGGGGCUGGACCAGGAUCCUCCCGGCUCAUCCUGCCCAGAAUUGCAAGCAGAGGCAGGCGAGGGCCUCCCUGUCCCUUGGGAGCCAGCAAUGCUCUGGAGCGAACCAAGACAAGGAAGGCACAAGAGUCCUGCUGCAGCCACCCCGCUGAGGGGUGAGGGCCCAGCAGCACUGCCUGUCCUGCGGGGCAGCAGCGCUGUGGCUUGUCCUGUGGGGUCCUGUUUGCUUUCAACACCACACGGUCCCCAGGGCCACAGUGAUGGCCCCACCCUGCAGCCUGUGAGCAGGCUGCUCCAAGCACGGCCCUCCUCUGCGUCCCAAGGCAGAUGGGUGCUCCUGGACAGUGGCAGUGGGACUGUCCCCCCACACCCUGGGCAGGCAGAGCUCCGGCCCCUCCACUUGCCUUCGUCACUCGCGCGCAGUGUGUCCCCACGAGGACAGUGAGAUGUGUCUGCUUGACAAAGAAGUCCAUGGAAAAUGUUGUACUGAUAUUUUGUCCUGUGAAUAAAGCACAGAAUCCUGCUGUUA